AUGGGUGUAUUGUGUCUUUUUGUUCAAGAACAAAGAGAACCUAAAUUAAAUCUCUUCCUUCAUUCUCAUCACGAAAUUUCCCAAAACCAAGCUAUAACAAUAUCAGAUCAUUUCGCAAAACUUAUCUCUACUAAUACAUCAGCCAGAGGUGAAGUGUUUAUUGCUAAAAAAUUCAGAGCUGUUUUUAUUCUAUUGAAUGAAGUUUAUGUAGUGACUGUUUGUCAUAAAUCCGACUAUCCAUAUGAUGCACUCAGAUGUGCAAACAAUGCCAAGUUAUUAAUGUUUGAGGCUUGUAAAGGAGUGGAAGUGACUGUCAUUAAUUUGUAUAAAAAGUUUGGACAAAUAAUGUUAGCCCUUGAGGAAUUAAUCAAUGAAACAAAUACAUUUAAACCACCAUCAACAAGUUUGGAGAUGGUUGGAAAAUCAAAAUUAGGAGAAGCACAUCAUGUCUCUGCUCAGUACAACGGAACUUCACAUAUUCAAACUAGUAAGACUCUCAAUUCUGGUUCUUCUUUUAUAGGUUCUCAAGAUACACCAAAAAAAGCAAGAAGAGGCACCAUUAAACAAAUGGAAAAGCUUAUAUCAUAUACUGCUGAUGAAAUGUGGAAGGAAAAGCAAAAGCAAAUGGAAUCACAUCAAAAGAGAUUCCAAAUUUUAGAUAAAUUCCAAGCACCAAUUAGUAAUGAACAAAUUGAAGACAAGACAGUGACAGUGACAGAUGAUAUGCUUCCAGAUCCUACUGACAUUAUCAAUUUUCAAUUUGGUUUUGAUUUUACUGCACCAGAUGAAGAAGAUGCUCUUCCAAGUUUCAACCACAAAAGAGCCAAGUCAACCAACAUUUCUACAGGAUCUGAGAGUAAUGGUAUUUCAAGUUUUAGAAAACGACAAAUGGAACACAUUGCUCUUGGACAACAAAUGUUUCCUCUUAGUGAAGAGGAAUGGCACUCCCUUAAAGUACCAUCUCUUCCUGAAAAUUUAAAACCUGUAUUUAUUCCUCCACCAACAACCAAUCUUCCUCCUCUUCCACAAUCAUUCGUUACUUUACAACCUCAAAAAUUACCACCAAAGGUUGGUACUGCAUUUGAUCGUGGUGAUAGCAAACUUAUCAGCUUUGAGCCUUUUGAUUUACAUGGAAGUACUACAAGUAGCAAAAUGGAAGGUGAGGACACUGAAGUCGACAUGUCGGAUGAAGAUUACACUUUCAGAUCAGACAAACAAGACAAAUUAAGUGACUCCAUCUAUGACUAUAAUCCACCAAAAGUUUCCACACAAAAUUCUUUAUCAAAUAUUCUUUUACCAACAAAUUUACCUCCUCUACCUUCUACUUUGAUAACCAACCAAGGAAGUGUGGCAAAUAACACUGGCAAUACCACAUCAACAAACUUUUUGGAUGCUUUCCUCGGACCAACCGAUCCAAUUCCAACAAAAACUCAAAACUCAUUAUUGUUGGUUGACAGUUUAAUGACCCCAUCAUUGGAUCUAAAUUCAACCCUUGUUCAACCUUCCGUCAUAUCAGGUGCUAAUCUUGGUAAUAACAAUUUUAUCCCACCAAUACCUACAACAAUCACUACUAACACCACACCAAAUGGUAAAAAUGUUAGUAGUAAUGAAAAUAUUCCUACUGUUCCACCAUUGAAUACUACUAUCAAACCAGUUUCCACAAAUAUUACAACUCCUAAAAUUACUCCAAAUGAGCCUACCAAUUUCCUCACAGAAAUUCAAAACAAGCAACUCAAUCCAAUUGCUCAAAAUUCUCCAUCCACCCCAAUGUUUGAUCCUAAUGAACUCAAGAAAUCCAUAGAACAAUCUCAACAAAAGAGAGCAGCUGUAUUGCCAUUCAAAGUACUUGUCACAGAAACUGUUGUCAAGAACAUGUCAGGUCUCACUGAGGAGGAGUACAACUUUAUGGGUCAAAUUGAACUAAUUCUAUUCAAUCAUGAAAGUUAUCGUUCUUCGGAUUCGUACAAGUUUAUUCUGUCUCUUAUUAAUGAUCAAUUUAACAAUUCAGAAAACUUUACCAAAAUUGCUAAAAUUGUUUGUAAUCCAAAAAUUGCUAAUGAAUUGAGCAAUAGUGGUGAUGUAACAAGUCAUGCUUUUGAAUGUAAUGUAACUGGUCAAGAAAUUAACCCAAAGUCUCAAAAUGCAGUCAUUCUCAAAUACAAACUAAAGGAGCAUUUGAAUCUAGUUCCAUUCAAAUUAAGGCCUCUCUACUUUAUGGCAACCAAGGAUGGACAAACAAUGCUAAAUAUUUCAAUCGAUUAUAUUGUAAAUCCUGCUACCCCCCUGGACAAGCUCUCUUUCCUUAUUCGCAUUUGUACAUCAAGUGAACAAAUUACGCUAAAAUCUCAAUCUAAACCUGAAGGUCGUUGGAAUGCUACUAGACAAGAACUAUUAGUGAAUGUGGAUCAACCAGGACCAAAAGGAAGUGUUAUUGCUAAAUUUUUACUCAAUCGUGAAGUGAAAGAUAUUGCUGAACUGCAAACAGAAUUCUUAUGUAAAUUUAAUGCAAAAGGUCUCCUUGCUGGAUUUACUGUGGAAGGAGGUGAGAGCAAGAGAAGUGCCCACAAUCAAGUAUUUUUGGGUGGUUGUGAAUAUUCAAUCACCACACCAUCUUGGAGGUAUAAACUUACCUCGGAGAACUUGAACCCACAAUUUGCCAACAAGUAAAUUCCUUGUUCAAUAUUU